AUGCAGCUGACUUUCUGCAGGCUGCGUACUCACCAGUGGUGUUUCCUCCUCUUCAACCUCGUGCUCUUCCACAUCUUGCUCUUCGGAGCAGACCUCAUGGAGGAAUACUUCCUCCGCGCUUUACCCACCGCUUACACCGACGUGAAUGUCCUGCAAGCGAGGGAGGAAGCUCGGAAGUUGGAUCUGUCUCCCAUGAAGGACAACAUCUCCAAGGCUUUCGUCAUCGUCAACUCGGAGUCUUGCUCCGACAAAGAGAUCUUCCUCCUUGCCCUCGUCUUCAGUGGUGCAGGAAACGCGUCAAGACGCCAGGUAGUAAGAGAAACGUGGGCCAACGCAACCCACAUUCACAAUUAUUCCAUUCUCGUCUUGUUCCUCUUGGGGAAACCUUCUGAGGAAUCUACACAGUUGGAGAUCCUCAAGGAGAUGGAGACCCAUCCAGACCUGAUUCAAGGAGUUUUCCCGGACGCUCCAGAAAACCAAACGCUAAAGACUUUCAUCGCCGUGGAGUGGAUUGUAACCUUCUGCUCCCAGGCUAGAUUUGUUCUGAAAAUAGACGAGGAGGUGUUCGUCAAUGUCCCAGCUCUGGUGGAGUAUUUGCUGAACUUAAGAGCCCGGAACGAAGACGUCUAUCUGGGUAGGGUGGUCCUGCGAGAGUCGCCUGACAGAGAUGCCCAAAGUCGUGGCUUCAUCCCGCCGCAAACCUACCCAGAGAAAUACUAUCCUGACUACUGCGGCGCGGAGGCGUUUGUCGUCUCUCAGGAUGUGGCUCGGAAAGUCUUCGUCGCGUCCAGAGGAGUCCCGCUGUCCGUGCCUCCCGGAGUCUUCAUGGGAAUGUGCGCCAAGAAGGUCGGGGUGGUCCCGGUUCACAGCUCCCGCUUCUCUGGGAAAAGGCACAUCCGCUUCAACCGGUGUUGCUACAAGUUCCUGUUCACUUCCUUCGUGGAGAGCGAGAGCCUGUUGCUCCAGGAAUGGGAGGAGAUCAGCCACGGCCAAGACUGCACGCUGCUGGAGACCUAUUACGGGCUGGUUUCUUGCAGAGUCAUGACAUAUCUGGACGGAUUCAAGCGCCUGAGUGUUGACGCCCUUCCGGGCCUGGGUUUUUCUGAUUAACCCUGGAUGUACCCAUUGUGUUGAAACAAGUUGUGCUGAUUUGUAAGUUGUUUCCUAAGUUACGUACUGUGUGUUGCCUUGUUUCUUUUCCUCCCGUUUGAAUGCAGGUAGGGGCUUCCAAACAUCCACAUCCUAAGAACAUGGGAGGAUUGUUACACAUCGUUAUAGUCGCUAUAGUCAUGGUUUCAUAGUCUUCUACGUUAUGGUUUAAGAUUUGUUAGUUGCUCCAAUGGAAAGAUAUAUUUUGUAUAAAUAAAGGUAAUUCCAAAUCUGAGAAAAACUGAAAGCCUUGCUAAGAGGGCCCUUGUGCUGCUGAAUCUGCUGACCUGAAGGUUGUCAAGUCAAAUCUAAUGGACAGGGUGAGCUCCCGCUGUUAGCCCCAGCUCCUGCCAACCUAACAGUUCAAAAACAUGCACGUGAGUAUCACUUCAGUGGGAAAAGGCAAAGAGAGGCUUCAAGUAGUUUUGCAAGCCACACAACCAGGUGUCUACGGAGAACGCAUGCUCCUUGGCUUGAAAAUGAGGAAGAGAUGAGCAUUGCAUCCUGAGCCGGAAAUGAAAGGAGAAGCCUUUGCCUUUGUCUGUGUAUUUGUUUCACUGUAUGUCAUUGCAACAAAGCAUUAAAAG